AUGGCCGUUCCGCAGCGUACGCUGACAUGGCUGUAUUCGGUCCUCAGUAAAGACCACUACGAUCCCAAGCAGACCUACCAUGAUCCCAAUCGGACGUACCAAGAUGUCGCCAAUGCUCUGGCCCAGUAUCCUUCGCUUUCGCCCCGAACGGACGUUUACAGUAAGUACAAUACUUUGGCAUCGCUGGCUGCUGUCGUGCUGACUCCGAUUGAUCUCCCAGCUUAUGAGAAUGGCUUCUCCGCGCUCCUUCUUCAUGUGGUCGGCACAGUCCCCGUCUCCUUUCGUGGUACCAUCUACCGAUUUCCUGUCGCACUGUGGAUUCCGAAUACAUAUCCUCGAGAUCCCCCGAUGGUGUACGUGACGCCGACUCAGGACAUGGCAAUUCGCGUGGGACAACAUGUGACUCUGGAGGGACGGGUCUACCAUCACUAUCUGGCUCACUGGUCGGAAUCCUGGGACAGAUCGAAUAUUUGCGACCUACUUUCCGUCCUCAAAGAGGUGUUUGCUAAGGAGCCCCCGGUUCGAUAUAAGCAGCCUGCGCCUCCUUCGGGGCAGUCGCCACACACGUCGCAUCCAACACCACCUCCAGUGCCGCCGAUGCCAAUGAGUCCAGGGUAUUCCACUGGUCAACCUCAGAGUCCGGCGUAUGCUCAAAGCCCGAGUCGAGCGUCCGAUCGGCCCCCACAGUUACCUCCAAAACCUGGUGCUAGCCCGCCAGGAGUUCAGUCGGCGCCGACGCCAGCGCCGAGAGCAGAUCGAUAUCAAUCUCCGCCUCCAUUGCCUCCUUUGCCCCCCAAGGGAGACGAAGCUUCGUGGACUUCACCAGUCGGUCAGGUGGGCGCAUCGCACUUUGGGAAUCGCUUGCCGCAGCAAUACGGCCAAGGACAACACCCCGUGCAGCCCAUUCCUGCACCCUAUCCUGGAGGUGCCGGGGUCAACAUGUCCCCAGGCAUCCCAUAUUCACCUCGUCCGCCAGUCUCGAACCAAUUUCCUCAGCAUCCACCGCAGACUCAAGCUCCACCUUCCGCGGCAUAUUCAAGGCAGGUCCCUGGUUACCAGCCAGCGACUAGUCAGCAGCCGACACCUCAAGUCCACCCUCAAGCACAACAGCAAGGACUCCCGGCUCCAGUGUCUCGGGCUCCCACUCAUCCGCCCGCCGCAUAUCAAAAUUCACUCGCAGUUGACCCAGCCGCAAGCAAAGAGACUCCAGAUCUCCUCACCUCUCCAUUCGAGGUCGAACUACCAUCGAUCGCUCCCACGGGCCCCGCUCCCCCUAUUCCGCCUAAUCCAGAGAAAGACGCUCUGCUCCAUGCGGUCUCUCAAACCCUCACCGACACACUGAACAGGCAUGCGACACAGUCGGAUUCUGCUGCACAAUCACUCGUUGCGCAAUCGCGCUCCCUGCAAGCUGCCAUGGCCACUCUUCAGGGCGAAGUUGCCGCACUCAACUCGUUACACGCAGCCUUGCAGUCCAACACCUCGAUUCUCCAGCAGACUUUGCACCGCGCGGAUGCGACGAUCGCUGAUGCUCAGGCUCGUUCGGCCGCUGGCCAAUCUUCCAGCGUCGCGUCAUCGUCAGCGACUGUGGGCCAAUCAGACUCGCAGUCUGGUCUGCCCGCGAUCGACGAGGUCCUCGUUGCGCCCACGGUGGUGGGGAAGCAACUCUACGAUCUUGUUGCGGAUGAAGAAGGGCUCCAGCACGCGCUGUAUGCCCUCCAAUCAGCCCUCGUCCGGGGCGUGAUUGGCGUUGACUCAUGGUCGCGGCAUACGCGGGGUCUAGCGCGAGAGGCAUUUUUGAAACGUGCUCUGAUCCGCAAAAUUGGCCGUGGCAUGGGAUUGGAAGAAAGUGUGGCUGGAGUAUGA